AAUAAAAUUAUUAUUUUUUGCUUAACAUGCUUAUGUGGAUAAUACAUGGAAUAUGUUGAAGAAUCUAGCACAAUUGAAGAAUUUGGAAGUUUUAAAGCAUUAUCUAAGGAAAUCAUUUCGAUAAUCGAGUCAAAUCACAUAACCUAUGGUUUUGAAUAUCCCCGUCCUUUUAACUUCCCGGUCUCUUUAACACCUCUUCAUCUCCUCCUCCUUUGGGAACACCUGCAAAUUCACCCACUUCCCAAUUCUUCAUUUCCUCAAUUUCAUCUUUAAUCAUAUGAAAUUACUACCAAAUUAUCCCAAUUACCCUUUAUUAAAUUCAAAGAUUUGAUCAAAAACCCUAAAUUUUCAAUCUUUUUAUCACUUUGAUUGCAUAUUCCAUGGCAACAAGAGGUGGUGCUGUCCCCUUUAGAUCAAGUGAUGGGUUGAGUACUCGGCAAGUGGGUAAUUCAGAUGAAGUGCAAGUGCGAAUUGUUGAUCCAAUGCAUGCUGACCUUGAUGAUGAAAUUACAGGGCUUAGAUCUCAAGUUCACAAGCUCAGACAUGUAGCGCAAGAGAUUAACUCAGAGGCGAAGUUUCAGAGUGAUUUUAUGGAUCAGCUGCAAAUGACCCUUAUCCAAGUUCAAGCUAGUUUGAAGAACAACAUGAGGAGAUUAAACAGCAGCAUUGUGCAAAGUGGUUCUAACCAUGUACUGCACGUUGUUCUUUUUGCAUUAUUUUGUCUUUUCUUGGUUUACUUCUGGUCCAAAUUUUCCCGACAUUGAGCCGCCAUAAAGUCUUGCAGACUGCUUAGAGAACUUUCUACUGCACAACUUUCCCAAUGGAGAAGAUGGAGUUUAUAAUUCCGUUCUAUUCUAGCUGCAUAUAUGUGUUCUGGAUUAUGUUGCAGAUCUGAUGAUGUUGUGUUCAGUUGCUGUAGUUUGUUCUGUUUGUGUAGCAGUUGCUUGAUCUUCUUCUGGGGUUGUAGUUUAUCUCAGUGCUUCCGAGUAUCUGGUGUCUAGGGCCUCUAGGCAGGCACUUUAUAUGGGUUAUCUGGUCUGGUCCAGUCCGGUUGCACAAAACCAUCAUCGUUGCAGUGCUUAAUUGCUUAUAUAUAUUUGGUUUUAUUAGCAGCUCAGUAUUCAGUACUUUCUUCUUAAAGCUAUGGUCUUCUUGGAUAUCUUUUUGAGAUGUUUGUGAUACAAUGACAGCCUUGUAAAUAUUCUUCUUUUUGGUAAUGAUAUAAUAUAUCCAGUAGCCAAAGAUACAAGUGAUGUGCCAAUUACCAAAAUUCAAUAUAUUGGGAGGCAAACCCACGCGUGGUUAUGUAAAUUUAAGUAUGGUAUGCUUUGUAAACUAGCAUCAAUAUUGCAAAUUAACAUGAAAGCAGCUAGUUGAUGCAGCUGCAGAGUUUAUUUAUCAAAUCAGUCCCCGAAUCACCAUACUGCUGCAGUGGUGAUCGCAAAGUGGAUUUCUUUUUGUUCUUGAUGCAGACCAGAGCUUGUAUGGGAGGUUUGCAGUGGCUUUAAAAAGAAAUUUUAUUUUGUAAUGUUAUGGAGUUUAGCAGAGGGGCAUUAGUGUAAUAGUGUGGAACUGGGACUGGCUUGGCCUCUUCUGCUAUUGUCUGUGACUUCUAACGUUUUA